UCAUUCUGUGCUAGAUUUCCCGAUAGUUCAAAUCAGAGGUAAAGCCCCCGAAGCAAAUCGAAACGAAAAUACCAAAAAUCCGCUAAAAACCAAAUCCCAAGACCUAAGUUGUUAGCGUUUGCUAUUUUCUAAAUUAAAUAUAUUUGCGAGAGUAUUGGGUCCAAGAAAAAAGGAAAGAAAAAGCUAAUGCCGAGUGAAACGGUGUUUUUUUUUCGUACAAAUCGAGCUCUCAGUUGAGAUAAAAGUGUGCUUAAGAGUGAGACUUCCAAGACCCCAUCCAACCAAAAACCGAACUAGAACCACACUGAAUCCUACGUAGCCGCCGUAACUACCUCCACCACCACAACCACCAACCUUCAUCUCCAGCGCGAUUUCGCUUUCGUCACCGGAGUCAGUAAGUUUCACGACCUAUUUGCAGACCGAUCUCGAUGUCUCCGCAAUUAGAUAAUGCUUAAGCUACCAAAGGGCCUAAAAAAGAAAAAGAAGAAGUCGAAAAAGGACCAGGAGCUCUUCACCGAGGAGGAGCUCGAGCAGUACAAGCGCGACCUAAAGGCCAAGCAGGAGGCGGCGGCCACCAAAUCGGACGCCGGCGAAUCCGACGGAGCGGCAUCAGACGUCGAGGGCCACCACGAGCCCGUAGCCUCCCAUUCGGGACAGCGAUCGGGAUCGGGAUCGGGAUCGGGAGCGGGAUCGGCAGCGGGAUCGGGAUCACAAGGGGGAUCGGGAUCUGGAGCGGGCCAUCACCAGGCACCGGGAUCAUCCGCCAGCCACGCCCACCAACAGCAGGGCGAGCCAAAUCAAGGAGCUGCCGGCGGCGACGAGGAGUGGGCCAAGUUCAAGGCACUCACCUCCGGCGUCGAUAGCAUCCUACACAAGACCCAGGACGAGCUCGAUCGGAUCAAGAAGGAGUCCUUCUACCAGCGCCUGCCCUCCGCCGCCGAGAAGAAGAAGCAGGAGGAGGAGGAGGCCGCUCGCCUCGAGGAGGAGCGACAGGAGCAGGAGCGCCAGCGCCUGGGACAGAUCGAGGCGCAGCGCGACAAGCUAGCCGAGGCGGUUGUCCACCUAUCCGAAUCGGAGGAGGAGGCCGGCGACUACGAGGCCGAUGACAUCUUCGCCACCGACUACAUCGAGGCGAUCACCAGUGGAGAGCUGCAACUAGCCGUUGUCCCCGACUCGCCGAUCCUCGCCGACGACGGGCCCGAUCCCUUCGACACCGCCUACGCCGAGAAGGUCAUUGUCGGCGCCGACCGCUCCAAGGGCAACAAGAAGCUAGUGAGCUUGGGAGCAGCAGUUGAGGUGCUAUCCGGUCGCGUGGACCGCGAGCACGCCGUCGCCCUAGCGAAUCCCAAGCGGAAGUUGCGCAAGGGCAUCCAGAACCUCCUGCUCAGCGAGAGCGUUGAGCUAGCCGAUCCGGAGGCGGACCUUCUGGCCGCCGUCGCCAACGCCGAGCCGCAGCACAAUCUGCUCGACGAUCUCGACGAGGAACUGCCCGAGUCCUCGGCCCCCAUUGAUCUCAGUGUCUCGCUGCACUUGCACCUGAUCAAACACAAGCCCGUCGAGGAGGACGAGGAGGAGGAUCAGCAGGAUCCGCUGAACCAGCAGCUCAAUCCCGAUCUAGCCGAGUUCGAUGCCCUCAAGGACGACGAGGACGACGAGUUCGCCGAACUAGCCGCCGAGUCGCUGACCAAAAAGGAGGAGGUCACCAUCGUCAGCCAAGUGGUUUUGCCCGCCGCGGAACUGCCAACUGAAGCUUUUGGCGAAGGCAGCUGGGCCGAAUUCGAAGCGGAACCGGAACAGGAAACAGGAAAACCCAAGCGUCCACCGCCACCAGUUCGUCCACCCACAGGACCCCACAUCGUACCCGGUGCCAUCUUCGUUUCGGACGACGAGGAGGAGAAUCCCGACGACGAUCCCUUCAACACCAACUACGCGGAGCAGGUGAUCAAGAAGACCACCGUCCUCGAGGAGGACGACGACUUCGAUCCGCGGGCGGAGGAACCGGCCACCGGGCCAUCCUCUCUAGCGGCCCCAGCCCGCGACCUUCUCGCCGGGAGCGCCACCGAUCUCAGCAAGGUGGUGCCCGCGCCCUUGGCGCCCACUUUGAGUGUCGACCAGGAGGCCGAGGACUUCGAUCCCUUCGACACCUCGGCGAUAUCGGCCUUGGUGCAGCCAAAGGCCACAGAGCUGCGCUUUUUGGAGCGCGAACUGCUGAACGAGUCGGGCGGAGGAGGACUCAAGCACUCCCUGAGUGACCCGGACUUUGAUCCACGAGCGGAUCAGGAGGAGCCGGCGGCCAACGAACCGCGGGUGAAGGUUGACCAAAUACAGCCGGACUUCGACGCCGCCCGCCGGAAGUCCUCGCUGAGCCUGAACAUCCAGGCGAAGAGUGUGGGCUUCCUGGUGCCAGCACCGGACCUCCUCGGAGCGGGUAAUGAGUUGGGGGCCAACAAGAAGCCACUGACGCCGUACUACGCACCCACUGGGAAUCCGCUGAAGGAGCGGGAGCACGAAGCCGAGGACGUUGAUCCCUUCGACACGUCCUACGUGCCCGAGGCGAAGCUCAGUGACAUAGAGCUGAAGCAUAUUGAAAAGGACCUGAUCUCGCAGCCGGCGACUCUGCGGCACAGUCUCUCCGACCCGGACUUCGAUCCCAGGGCACCGCCCACACCGAUUCCCGCCGAGGUUCUGCUGGCCGUCGAGGAGAACAUCGACAUCAAGGUAUUGACACCCGCCCAGGAGCGAAAGAAGCUAACCAAUUGCGGCGGGGGUGGCGAUUCCGAGGAGGACCUCGACAUCGACCCCUUCGACACGUCCAUAGCGGCGAAUCUCCGGCCGGGACAGACGGAGCUGAAGCUCCUGGAAAACGAAUUGCUACCGGAGACGAGGACCCGGGUGACCGACGUCCUAGACGUUCAGAGCGACGCCCAGGAGUUGGGCUUGGGCGACAAGGUACUCACGCCAUCGACGCACUCCAGACCGAUCCUGCCCGCCCAGGAUAUUGAGAUCGAUCCCUUCGACACCUCCAUUGCCGAGAAUCUAGCGCCCGGCGAAACGGAAAUCAAGCUCCUCGAAAGCGAACUAAUCGAGCGCUAA